AUGGACAUAUUGCAAGACGAAUCAUCGCGAGGUCAAGCAGUGCAUACGGACAACGCCCUGGAAGAUGGAGAUGGAGAUCACCAGCCACCAAUACCUGAACCCGUCGCUUCCAGUCCGCCACGGCAAUCACAGCGUGCACAGCCAAAGACCUUUCUCACGGGGCCGCCUCUCACCAGCUGUCGGCACGUUGACAACUACGAAAAGCUAAAUAGGAUCGAGGAAGGAGCGUACGGAGUGGUGUAUAGAGCGAGAGAUAAACAAACAGGGGAAAUCGUCGCCCUGAAGAAGCUCAAGCUGGAGAAUGAAAAGAAUGGAUUUCCCGUAACUUCGCUACGGGAGAUACAUACGCUGCUACUGGCUAAACAUCCGAAUAUCGUCAAUGUGAAGGAGAUUGUGGUCACGCCCAGUAUGAAGGGCAUCUUCAUCGUAAUGGAGUUUGUCGAACACGACCUGAAGUCCCUCAUGGGCACAAUGUCGUCCCCAUUCCUCCAAUCCGAAACGAAGACACUCAUGCUGCAACUCAUCUCUGCCGUCGCCUGCCUACACCAAAACUGGAUCGUCCAUCGGGACCUCAAAACGUCCAAUUUGCUGAUGAAUAACGCCGGGCAGAUGAAAGUCGCUGACUUUGGACUCGCCAGACGGUUUGGAAGCCCGUUGGGGCAUAUGACACAGCUCGUGGUUACCCUGUGGUACAGAGCCCCCGAACUACUCCUUGGAGCGAAGGAGUACUCAACAGCGAUCGACAUGUGGUCGAUAGGCUGUAUUUUUGGAGAGCUGGUAAAUAAGGAGCCGUUAUUAGCAGGUCGAGGGGAGUUCGAUCAACUGAAAAGGAUAUUUCAGCUCCUGGGAACGCCAACAGAACGAAACUGGCCAGGAAUGGCAAAACUCCCUGGCCUCAAAACCUUCAACUUCGUAACUCAACCACAUAACAACCUGAGAAGCAGGUUCCCGUACCUGACGGAAAACGGCCUAAAUCUCAUGAAUAGGCUGCUGUGUUAUGAUCCUGAGAAGAGGAUUACGGCUGAUGAGGCGUUACGGCAUCCCUAUUUCACUGAACCACCCCUCCCAAAAGACCCCUCCCUCUUCCCAACCUUCCCCUCCAAAAACGCCGGCGAAAAACGCAAAGUGUACGAAACGACGCCGUCGGCGCCCAAAGCGGCGCACGGGGAGGACGACGGGCCGGGGUUGUUUGAUGUCGCGGGUGUCGAAAGCACCGGUGGAUUUAGGCUGCGGAUAUGA